GGUGCCCGAUGGAGCCCCCCAAGCGCCCCUCGGGGGUCCCUCUGGGGGAUUUGGGGGGUCCCAAGCGGCCCCGGGGGUCCCCGCGGGGCCCGUCCCGCUUCGAGCAGGAGCUGGCGCAGCUGCACCGGGAGGAGGAGGAGGAGGAGGAGGAGGAGGAGGAAGAGCAGGGACAGCCCCCCGACCCCCACAGACAGCCCAGCGGUUCCCUCUUUGUGGGGGAUGUGCCCCCCAAGUGGCGCCGUCCGGCCCCUCCCCCGCAGCCCCCCGAGACUCUGACCUUCCUUCAGCUGGACAUCGACCACUACGUGGGGGUGCCCCCCCGCGGGUUCCCGGGCUGGCCCCACCCCUCCCCCAUCCUGCGGAUGUUCGGGGUGACGGGGGAGGGGCACAGCGUCUGUCUGCACCUGCACGGCUUCAGCCCCUACUUCUACGUGCUGGCGCCCCCAGGCGCGGGCGAGGCGCACCUGGAGCCGCUGGAGCGGGAGCUGGAGGCGGCGCUGCGCCGGGAGCAGCGCGGGGGGAACCCCAAAUUUCAGCCCCCCAAAAACGUCCUGGGGCUGACCCUGGUCCGGAAACAGAGUAUUUUGGGGUUCCAGGGGGGUCUGCAGAGCCUUUUUGUCAGGGUGGGGGUCUCCCUGCCCCGCCUGGUGGCCCCGGCCCGGCGGCUCUUGGAGCGGGGGCUGCGCUGGGGGAGUUUGGGGGUGCAGCCGGCGCCGCCCUACGAGGCCAACAUCGACUUCGAGAUCAGGUUCAUGGCUGACUCGGGGCUCGUCGGCUGCUGUUGGGUCGAGCUGCCCCCGGGGGGGUUCCGCUGGCGGGGGGACCCCCGGGCCUCGCUGUGCCAGCUGGAGGCGGAUGCCAGUUGGGGGGCGCUGCGGGGACACCCCCCCGAGGGGGCCUGGCUGGGGCUGCCCCCCCUGCGCCUCCUCAGCCUCGACAUCGAGUGCGCCGGCAGGAAGGGAGUGUUCCCGGAGCCGCAGCAGGAUCCGGUGAUCGCCAUCGCGGCCGUGGCGCUGCGCCAGGGGGCGCGGGAGCCGUUCCUGAGGGUCGUGUUCACCCUGAGGAGCUGCGCGGCGCUGAGGGGAGCCACGGUGCGGAGCUUCGAGAGCGAGAGGGAGCUGCUGCAGUCGUGGGCGGAAUUCGUUCGGAUCGUGGAUCCCGACGUGGUGACGGGAUACAACAUCCACAACUUCGACCUGCCCUACCUGAUCCAGAGGGCUCAGGUGCUACAGGUGGAGUCGUUCCCGUACCUGGGCCGCGUGCGGGGGGUCCCGUCCCAGGUGAGGGAUUCGGCGUUCCAGUCCCGCCAGCUCGGCCGCCGGGAGGGGAAAGUGGUCACCACACCUGGGAGGGUCACGCUGGACAUGCUGCAGGUGCUGCUGAGGGAGCACAAGCUGCGCUCGUACUCCCUGAACGCCGUCAGCGCGCAUUUCCUGCACGAGCAGAAGGAGGACGUGCCCCACGGCAUCAUCACCGAGCUGCAGAAUGGGGACGCGCAGACGCGGCGCCGCCUGGCGCUGUACUGCCUGAAGGACGCCAUGCUGCCGCUGCGGCUGCUGGAGCGCCUGAUGACGCUGGUGACGCUGGUGGAGAUGGCGCGGGUGACGGCCGUGCCCCUCAGCUACCUGCUCACCCGCGGACAGCAGGUCAAGGUGGUGGCGCAGCUCCUGCGGCAGGCCAUGCAGGAGGAUUUGCUGCUGCCGGUGGUGAAGUCGGAGGGGGGAGAGGAUUUUGAGGGGGCCACGGUGAUCGAGCCCCUCAAAGGGUACUACGACGCGCCCAUCGCCACGCUGGACUUCUCCUCGCUGUACCCGUCCAUCAUGAUCGCCCACAACCUGUGCUACACCACCCUGCUGCCCCCCGGCGGGGCCCAGAAACACGGGCUGGGCCCCCAGGAUUUCAUCCGGACCCCCACGGGGCAGCUCUUUGUCACCCCCCGGGUGCGCAGGGGGGUCCUGCCGAGGGUCCUGGAAGGGCUGUUGGCCGCCAGGAGCAGGGUGAAGGCGGCGCUGGUGGAGGAGCAGGACCCCGAGCGGCGCCAGGUGCUGGACGGGCGGCAGCUGGCGCUGAAGGUGAGCGCCAACUCCGUCUACGGCUUCACCGGCGCGCAGGCCGGGCGCCUGCCCUGCCUGGAGAUAUCGCAGAGCGUGACCGGCUUCGGGCGCCAGAUGAUCGAGAAGACGAAGCAGCUGGUGGAGAGCGAGUACCCGGAUGUGCAGGUGGUGUACGGGGACACGGACUCGGUGAUGUGCCGCCUGAAGGUGCCCUCGGUGCCCGAGGCGGCCGCUCUGGGUCGCGCCGUGGCCACGUGGGUGUCGGGUCACUUCCCGCCCCCCAUCCGCCUCGAGUUCGAGAAGGUGUACCUGCCCUACCUGCUGAUCAGCAAGAAGCGCUACGCCGGCCUCUGCUUUUCGGGGGGCUCCGGGGGCACCCCAAAAUUGGACUGCAAAGGGCUGGAGGCCGUCAGGAGGGACAACUGUCCCCUGGCUGCCAACCUGGUGACAGCCUGCCUCAGGAGGAUCCUGCUGCACAGGGACCCCCAGGGCGCCGUGGCCCACGCGCAGGAGGUGAUUUCGGACCUUCUCUGCAACCGCAUCGACAUUUCCCAACUCGUCAUCACCAAAGAGCUGACGAGGGCAGCGAGUGCCUACAGCGCCCCCCAGGCCCACGUGGCGCUGGCCGAGAGACUGCGCCGGCGGGACCCCGGCAGCGCGCCGGGCCUCGGGGAUCGCGUCCCGUACGUCAUCGUCAGCGGCGCCCGCGGACAGCCCGCCUACGAGAGGUCAGAGGACCCGGUGUUUGCCCUGGAGCAGAACCUGCCCAUCGACACCCGUUACUACCUGGAGCAGCAGCUGAGCCGCCCCCUGCUGCGCAUCUUCGAGCCCAUCCUGGGCGAGGGCCGCGCCCAGGCCGUGCUGCUGCAAGGGGAACACACUCGGUGUAAAACUCUCCUGACCGCCCGUUCCGGGGCACUCUCGGCCUUCACCUCCAAACGCAGCAGCUGCAUCGGCUGCAGGGCCCUGCUGCCCCACCACGGUGCAGUUUGCGAUUUCUGCCGCCAGAGGGAGUCCGAGCUCUACCAGAAAGAGGUGAGCCAGGUGUGGCACCUGGAGCGCAGCUUCUCCCGCCUCUGGAGUCAGUGCCAGCGGUGCCAGAGCUCCCUGCUGCAGGACGUGCUCUGCUCCAGCCGGGACUGCCCCAUUUUCUACAUGCGGCGGAAGGUGCAGAAGGACCUCGAGGCUCAACUGGAGCUGCUCCGGCGCUUCGGGACCCCCCAAUGGUGACCCCAAAAUCCCCAAAAUUCACCCCAAAAUCUGCCCCAAACCCGCCCCGAAAAUUACCCCGAAAACGGCCCCAAAAUGGCCCAAAAAACCCCAAAAAAUUGGGAUUUUCGGGGCUGUUACGGUGGUUUUGUAUCGGAUUUAAUAAAAGGUUUUAGUGGUU